GCAUAAAUUACGGAUCCAUUAUGGUGGGCGCGUGAUUUUGAACAAGAAAUUUCGACGAAUUGUCAAGUGUUUGAUUGCGCUAAAUCUGGAUCGCUUUUAUUCGAGGUACGCGCAUAAAAUAUCGUAAUUUCUGUUUAAGUCAUUGUGUGACUUGAAAAGCACUUUUUUCUUUCAAAACUUGUUUUAAGCUUGUUUAGAUUUGCAUAGAGUAACAGACGUGGAAACCCUGUUACUAAAAUAUUCUUUUGUGUCGAUCAUUGCCUUAUAUGAACCGACGUUAGUAAUCUUUAUGAUAUGCUAACAGAGGGACAUUUCAAAAAGUGAUUUGAAUUGUUGAUGACCUUUUUUCGUCUUUAGACGGCGAUAUAACGUUGGUUGCGUUUUGAAAUUUCGCCACGGCCGCCAUCUUGAAAGUUGCAUGGCGGGUCAUUUAAGCAGGGCUGGAAGCUCGACUUACGUUCGAAGUUAUUAAUUGAUACAAGAAGCGAUCAACAAAUAAAAUAGUUAUUAGACCUUUUCUUGUUAUAAUAGGCUAAUUAUUGGUGGUUCUUGACGAUUAAGCUAGAGUGUUUACAUUUGUUUUAUAUAUAAAUAAAUGUAUAACUGAUCAACUUUCUCAACCUUGCAACAGGUUUUCGAAAUGCGUUCGAAUGUUCCAUCAACGAAUAUUAUUUUUAACCGUGUUUCCGAAAGUGGAACUCAGCAACAACAUCCAACAAUUGUUGGGGUUUUAAACAAACCUGGCACUGUUAUAUCUCAAGGAAGUAACUUGAAGAGAACCACUGCAAUCAGUACUUCGCUUGGUCCUUCACCAAAAGUUUUAAUUCGUCCUGUAUCCACCAGUCAACCGAUAAUUGUGUCAGCCCAACAGCAGCAACAGCCUAAAUACCUAUUGUCACCAACUAAAAUAAUAACUGCUCUACCGACCAGGACUCAAAUUCCCAUAACCGGAUCUCCAACUAAAGUUACAGUUGUCAGAAGCCAGGGACCAACAGCAGUGAGAACAGGCGGCCAGAAUGUCGUUGUUAAGACAAUUAAUGGAGGACAGAUAGAACAGAAAUCAUCUGAUUCUCUCGCUACUAAACCUUUAACCGUUGUCGGUCAACCGCAAUCUUCUACUUCAGUUUCCAAAGUACAACUAGUUAGAGUUGUGUCUACUACGGCAACAACCUCCCAACCGACAACGAGUAUUUCCUCGACAGUUAGACCUAUAGCGCCCGCUACACAACAAAUUCAUAUUGUUCAAAAGCCGACGUCUUAUCAUCGAAGAAUUCUUUUACCUGCCUCUACCCCAAUUGCUAUUAAGCCAGCUGUUUCCUCUGUUGCAAGUGGAAAUAGUCUUUUAAAGCCAAUUACUACACACUUAACCAGCAAGGGUCAAUCACCUCACAUUUUAUCAAGUAGUGGUGGACCUAGUGCAAAUAAUGAUGCAAUGAAAAAUCUUUUUAGGAAACAAGAAAAUGGGACUAGUGUAUACUUGGAAACCAGUGGACAAAGACCGAGAAAACCUUGUAAUUGUACCAAGUCUCAAUGUUUGAAACUAUACUGCGACUGUUUUGCCAACGGAGAAUUUUGUCAGAAUUGCAAUUGCUCCAGUUGUGCUAAUAACUUAAAUCACGAAGAGGAAAGAUCGCGUGCCAUAAAAGCCUGCUUAGACCGUAACCCUCUUGCCUUUCAUCCAAAAAUAGGGAAAGGUAGAAAUGGUGGUGGAAUCAGAAGACAUAACAAGGGAUGUAAUUGUAAACGCUCAAACUGUUUGAAAAAUUAUUGUGAGUGCUACGAAGCGAAAGUGCCAUGCUCUAUGUCUUGUAGAUGUGUGGGAUGUAAGAAUAGUGAGGAGGCGGCAAGCACAAGGUUGAUUCGAUCUCUUUCUCAUGAUUCUCUUAAUUCUGAUGAUUUGGCGCCUCUGGCAAGUGUGAAUAAUUGGACUGUGCCCGAAAGACCAGUGGCGGCAAGUGUUGGACAAGUUGGAACGAGAAGAGAAGUUCCUGUUGCAGAAUUAUUGAGCGAUAACGACGUCUCCGACUGUAUCAUGAUGUGUAUGUUGAAUCAAGGAGAAGAAAGUUGUAAAUUAGACAAUGUUUUACUAGAACUACAAUUAGCAAUUAUCCAAGAAUUCGCAAGAUGUUUAACCCAAGUUUCUUGUGCAUCUAGAAAAACAGCGCCCAAUCCUUCAAUAGCUUGGUAA